UGAUACCUAUACUGCCCACCACCAGUCGCUUCUAUUAUUUCUCAUAAACGGUUGUUUCAUUUAGGAUUUAUCGAAUAUCGUUCCACUCAUGAAUGUUGACUUGAGAAUACUCUGAAGUGGCCUAUAUCAGUGUGAAGGCUAACACACAGGGAUUCUGAUGCCUUCCAGACAACAAUCUACGAUGGGGAAUUGAAGAGGCUCCUAUCAGGAAGAUCAUCUGCAGCAGUUCCCAGGCUGUGGACUGAACAGACACCAUGAAGGGUCUAUCAAGCAGCCGCAGUCACCACCAUGUGGUCACCUAUGACCCUGCUUCUUACGAUGCCCUAGGCCAUGGCCACCACCUUGAUCGCAAUCCCUACCUGAUCAAUCAAAUGGACAUGCCCAUGUCUCACCCCUCUGACCACCCCUACUAUGGCCAGGUCCAGAGCCACAUCCAGCAGAGGAACCACACUGCCUUCCCCUCAGACAGUAGUGUGGUGCCCUAUGGGACCUUCCCCAGACGACACUACAGUAGCUCACACUACGAGUUGAAGGAUCGGAUGGGGAAGGAUGAGUGUCCUGUGGUGCCCUAUGGUGUGGGUGUUGGUGUGGGUAACAUGGUCCCCAACAAGGGCGUCAACGUUCGCCUGCCAGUCAACCUGCUGGACCAGUUUGAGAGGCAGCCGUCGUUCACGCGGGAUGGGUACCACACGCUGCAGUACAAGAGGACGGCUCUGGAGCAACGCAGCGACAGCCCCGGACGCAUCCGCCACCUGGUCCACUCCGUCCAGAAACUCUUCGCCAAGUCCCACUCCCUGGAGGGUCCACAAACGCACUCCAAGCAGGGCAGCAUCAAUGGCAGCAGGAAUAGCCCCGAGAGUGAGACGCCCCCCACGCAGAAGCACCGCAAACGCAGCAAGAGCAGGGAGCGCUGCAAGUCGGCAGAGCCAAAGCAAAGGAGCUCCACCUCGGGCUACUGGAGCUCAGACGACCUCCUGGAUGACCGAGACGUCUGCCACAGCCACAGCCUGUUCCACGGCCCCACCGGAGUCAUGACCAUGGGCCGCCACCCUGACAAGUCCCAGUCACAGUACUUCAUGGAGGCCUACAACACCAUCAGCGAACACGCCAUGAAAACGUCGCGUAGCAAUAACGAUGUAGUAAAACACACCUGUGUCCCCUCCCAUAUCCCCAUAAGCAUGGACGCCCAGCUCAUGAAGAAGAGCUUGUGGUCGUCCAGUCUAACGGUGCCCCAGGAUGAGUGGAGUGGCUUCUCACCUCUGGAGGGGAAGGAGGACGAUAUCCCGUGUCGGCGCAUGCGCAGCGGCAGCUACGUGAAGGCUAUGGCAGAGGAUGAAGACAGCGGAGACUCAGAAGAAAGUCCUAAGCUGUGUCCAAAGAUCCAGGCCCAAGGUCGACGGGCCAGCUAUCUCAAAGCCACCCAGCCAUCACUGACUGAAAUGACCACCUUAAAGAUCUCCAACGAACACUCUCCGAAGCUGCAGAUCAGGAGUCACAGCUACCUGCGGGCGGUGAGUGAAGUUUCCAUCAAUAGGAGCCUGGACACCCUGGACCCCAAAGGGCUCCUGGACCCCAAAGCGCUGCUCUCCUCACCCCAAUACCGCUCGCGAAACGAGAGUUACAUGAGGGCAAUGAGCACCAUCAGCCAGGUGAGUGAGGUGGAGGUGAACGGGCAGAUAGAGCAGGUGUGUGAGCAGAUGUUCAGCGAGAUGGAGUCGCAGGCCAUGGAUGCGUUGGACCUGCCCAUGCCGAGCUGCUUCCGCAUGCGUAGCCACAGCUAUGUGAGGGCCAUGGACCAGGGCUGCUCCGAGGAUGAGGGGAUGUCCCUGCUGCCCGCCUCACCCCCCAGGACCACCACCACCACUGUCAGGACCAUCCAGAGCAGCACAGUGUCAUCAUGCAUCACAACCUAUAAGAAGACCCCUCCCCCGGUGCCGCCCCGCACCUCCAAACCCUUCAUCUCCAUCACAGCCCAGAGCAGCACCGAGUCGGCCCAGGAUGCCUACAUGGAUGGCCAUGGCCAGGGGGGCAGGGAUAGUCACCCGCAGGGAGACAUGACCAUCCAGUCAGGCCUGUCUAACUCCACAGAGAGCAUCGACAGCAUGAAGGCCCUAACGGCAGCCAUUGAGGCGGCCAACGCCCAGGUCCACGGCCCUGCUAGCCAGCAUGUUGCAAACAGCAGCAUCACCAUCACCACCACCACCUCGGCCCUGGCCCAUAUCACUGAGGACAGCAGGAAGGAGCAGGCCAGGCGGGCCAAGUGCCAGCUGUCCAUCGGCAUCCAGGUGGAUGGGCCAGAAGAGGAAGCUCUGGAGAUGGAGGACCAGUCCAAGUACCAAUCAAUUGGGGUCCAGGUGGAGGACGAGAGGGGAUACCGGCAGUUCAUCCGCUCCAACAGUGUAACGGCAGCAGUACAGGCAGACCUGGACAUGCCUGACAUAUUAGACAGCCCCCUGGACUCCCCAGAAACAGACCUGCCCUUCUCAGGCUCUGUGUCCCGCAAGUACUCCCGCGAAGCCGCCACCUCGCCAGCCUCUGCCUCCACCGUCAGCAUCCAGGGCUCGGGCAACCACUACCACGCCUGUACCUCAGAUGACUACGAUGACGUGUGCUUUGACCCAUCCAUCCUGCCCCCGCCUGACCCCUGGAUCGACAGUGUGACUGAAGAUCCCCUGGAGGUAGUCCAGAAGUCUGUGUGCCAGAGGGACGGACGCUGGUUCCUCAAGCUGCUGCAAGCCGAGACGGACCGCAUGAAGGGCUGGUGCAGACAGAUGAAGCAGGACGAACAGGAGAACGACCUGCCGGAUGACAUCUUGGGGAAAAUGAGGCUUGCCGUAGGAAGUGCUCAGCUCCUGAUGUCACAGAAGUUCCAGCAGUUCCGGGAACUUUGUGAGGAGAACCUGAACCCCAACGCCCGCCCGCGGCCCAUCUCUCAGGACCUGGCUGGUUUCUGGGACAUGCUCCAGCUGUCCAUUGAGAACAUCAGCCUGAAGUUUGAUGAGCUGCACCAGCUGAGGGCCAACAACUGGAAGCCCCUGGACCCCCCGGAGAGAAAGGAGAGACGGAUCCCCCCUCCUGUGCCAAAGAAACCCCCAAAAGGUCACCCUCCCCUGGCCCGUGAUAGGUCCCUGGAGAGCUCAGAGAAGCAGCGGCUGGAUGCGCGCAAGCGCUUGAUGGCCGCCAAACGAGCCGCGUCGGUGCGGCAGAACUCAGCCACCGAGAGUGCAGACAGCAUCGAGAUCUAUAUCCCUGAGGCCCAGACCAGGCUAUGAGCUCCGCGGCAGGCACACCUUCACCACUACCCAUACAGACAGAUUCACUUACAUCUCACACACCGCUAGAUCUCACACACAGGUAAACGCACACAUAUGCUUUUAACGGUAUGGUUCCUGUGAGCACACAGACCCACACAGAUUUUGUAAUAUAACCACACUAACUCUUUUCUCUGUAGUGGGAAGAAAAAUGCCAACAGUAUAGUUGUUUCUUUUACAUAAUCUUGUCUCUCUCACAAAUUUGAUCCUGGCCUUGUUUCCAUCUAUGUAACAUAGAUCCUCGCUUGAAGAUGACUCCUUCGUGAUCCUUCUUUUAAAAAGUGUAUCACUUUUACCCACACCUGAGUAACAUAUAUCAUGAUCUUGUGAAAUGUAUAGCAUUCUUAAUCAAUGUAGACACCUGUUGAUAUCCUAAAAGAUAGCAAAUAAGUAUGUUUGAGUAUUUGGUUUCUUUAGCUAUUUUUACUUUUACCUAAGCAUGGGCCAAACAGAAUCCCUUGCUUGAUGCCCCAUUCAACCUUCUCAAUAUUUUUUGGGGGGGAUUGUAACAUAAUUGGCAAACAAACAGGGUAUAUUAUGCUUAAGCAAUAUUCAUUUGAAAUCAGAACAAGUAAAUGUGUAAAACAACGGAACACGUUGGUUUUGAAGUCCCAUCUGUAAAGAUCAGAGAUUUUAGAUAAAGAGGAUGCCUUCGUUUCUGUAGCCAAUUCUGUUGGUUUUGUCUGCUGGUGCUGUCAAUUGUAAAGACAUAGUGAUUCUCUAGAAUAAGCAACUAUCUGUUUAAACAUUUUAAUCAUUAAUGGUACAAGGACAGCUAGAGACAAUUUUCUUUGAUACAUGUACUGAACUCAUCCUGGUGAUUUCCCUUCUGUAAAUUCAGACAGGUGUCUAAAGUAGAUUUGUAUGACAAGUGAGGAUCUUUGUGGUGAUAAGCAACCCAAUAUGAAAUACCCUAAACACUUAGAGAGGGACACUAAAAAACAUCUGGAAUGCAAGUUGUUUAAUUUCUUAACAAUGUCUUUCCAGUAGCAAGUUCAGUGGCUUAAUUGUAUUAGUAAACUGUUUCUUGGUAUGUUAGUUUAAUCCCAAAUGGACUCCUGGAAUGCCAUGUGACUGUGGUUGAGCAGGCUUAGCUCUGUUAUUUCUCAGGAAGAGAUGGAAAUUCAGUCUGUCAAAUCAGGGUCUCCUAGUGCUGGUGGUGUGUGUGCGUGUGUGUGCGUGUGCGUGUGUGCGUGUCGGUUUGUGUCCAUCAGUGUUUAGAGGUGAGUGUGUGUGUUUGAGUGUGGGUCUCUUAAAGUGCUUCCUAAUUUCCUUGUUUGAUAUGUUGGCCUUUCUUCAAUACGGUCAAGUAGCCUCAUGAACAUAAUGUACAUAGUCAAAACAACACUUGUACUUGAAAAUAGCCAUGUGUGUGUUUGUACAGAAAUUAUACAUGAGGAUGUUCCUUUAAGCAUGCAGACAAUAUUAGAAAUACAAAAUCUAUACCUAAUUUAUACUUGUAUUAGUUUAUUUAUUUAACUAUUUAUUUAUUGAUGAUUUCAUUUUUUUACUGUUUGGAUUCUGUUUUAGUGGUCUGUCAUGCUACUCUGAUCUUAUGUUGUAUUGUAUAGGGAUUAUAUGUGCAUACAUAUGAACACAGAAUAAAAUAAUUAUGAACUCUG